UAUAGGUUCAACCUUUUGGCGCAAAAUAAGAUAACGGAAUAAGUUACGUUUGUAAGCGAAGAUAGUGUUUGAUACAGCGAAUAAGCUUUAAAAGUUUAUAUCGAGAAUAUUACAUGGGAAGGAUUUUCUCUUAACUAUGGAUAGAAGAAAAUUUAUGCUCAAAAGUUUACAUAAGAAUUUGGUAUUGGAGAAACGGCCGUUAAAAAGAAUUGAUUCUGGUAGUGAUCAAACAGAUCUUCAUACAACCAGCAUUACAAUACAAGAUGAAACUAACUGUUUUAAUGAUGAACAAUUGUCAAAUGUUGAAUCAUCGAAACCAUUAAAUAACCGAUCAUUAACAAGAAGUAAUUCUUCCUUUAAAAAAAAGAAAAAGGAUUCUUGCAAAAAUGAGGAGAAUUCAUUAGAAAGGAGUUUGACUACUGAAUAUAAAUUGUCAAAAGACCAAACAUCAGAUACAUUGAAAAAUAAUGAGAUAUUAGCAAGAGGUACUAGUGUUUCUACGGAGAAACUACUAACGCAGAAACGUAAAAUGAUAAGUUCUACAGAUUCAGAUAGUGAUCUUGACUCUUCAUCUAACAAAUAUAUAAAAAAGAAAAGGCACAAUGAAUCUAAAGCAAGCAACAUAAAAACUCGAUACACUGGCCAAAACAAUAAUACCCAGAAUUCCAAUACAAGGUUACUUUCUCAGAAUUGUAUAACACAUAUUAAACCAAUAAUGAUGUCCAAUAUUUCUCAGAAAGAGUUACAAGAUAAACCCAAAGAUUCACAUACAAGAUUUAAACAGUGUAAUGUCAACAAAAAAAAUUCUCAAAAAAAAUCAGAUCUUGUUGACACAUCUGUUCUUAGUAACUUUUUGCAGAAAUGUGGAAUUAUUUUCUCAAUUGAUGGUAUAUGUACUCUUAAUGUUCCAUUAUCUAUUGCAAAGCAGAAAGAUUUUACUGUUGUGAGCAGUGUGUCUCUUGCAAGAAUAUUACUGGAAGUUAUAGAAAUUCAGACAGAUGUAUACAAUAUCUUUAUAACUAAACUUAAUGAAUCUGUUAUGUUAGCAGAUACAGCAGAGAAAGUACCUUGGGCUAUACUAUUAUUACAUGAAUUUCGUUUUUUGGAUACUAUAGCCAGUGUUGAUGCAUUAACUGCAAAUAUAGAACAGCUAUUAGAAACAUGUCCAAUGUGGUUUCAACAUGAGCUUAUCUUAUUCUUGCCUGAUAUUUUAUUAGAUGUUCAACAUCAAAGCAUAGCUGAAGUUUUAACAAAAAUAAUGGAGGAAAAUUGUGAAUUAACAAAUGUAAUUUUAAAUUGCAUUGCCAGUUUCAAUCUCAACAAAGAAUAUUUGAUGGAAUAUAAAGUUAAAGUAUUAAAUUUGUUAAAAACAAAUAUAAAAUUGGAACUUGUACCAGCUAUUAUCAGAUUUCUUCUUGAUGACCUUGUGUCCCCUGAUAUUGUUAAGCAAAUGCUACUUGUACUACGUAAUAUAGAAAUGCAGCCUCUUGCUGGUGAUAAAGUUCAUAAUUGUUACAAAAAUCAAGUACAGAUAGUCAAAACAUUGAAGAUGUGCAUGUUAUUAAAUAAAGAUGUGACACAUACUGCAAUAACGGUAAUAAGAGACAUUAAUAAAAAUCCGAAACCGUUGGAUGUAAUCAUUUUGCUCUUGAUAUUUGCUGGAACAACAAAGCAAAAGAAUGCAGAAUCAUUAUUGAAGCAGAAUGUAAGAUGUGGUUUUUAUAGAACAAGUCUACUUCAAAUACUUUAUAAUGACUAUAAAGAGGUUGUUCGAGAAUUACAAUUAUCAAUAUUACAAUUAGCUGGUAAAUUUUUAAAGUCUGGAGAGUAUGUGUUUGUUAAUUUUGCAAUAGAAUGGUUCCGAUUGCAAUUUCUCAACCAAGAGAAGAUGUUUAAGCAGCGUGAAAUUAUAGAAAAGAUUAUUCUUCUUAUGGGUAAUAAUGAUCAAACAGUGAAACAUGCACUGACUGUACUUUGUAAAAUGGCAGAAAAUACUGUCGAGAGAAAUGGUUUAGUCUUACAAUGCAAUCAUUUAAGAGUUUUAUUAGAAAAAAUAGAUUGCUUCGGACUUCAAGAAGUUGGUACUGUAAAUGAUUUAUUACACAGUUUAUGUUUGCUUGAUGAUUCUACUUCAGAAUUAUUACGGGAUGAUUUAUUUAUACUAUUGCAAAAACAACUAUCUGCUGCAAAACCCCUCACGAAAUGCAAAGGUGUCAUGGGAGCAGUAAUGGCAAUAAAACAUUUAGCAGGAAAAGCUGAAACUUGUGAACAAGCCAUGAAAUUAUUUAAUCAAGUAACGAAGUGCGUGAGAAGUUGUCCUAAAUCACAGCCAUUGUUUUAUGACCAAUUAGAACAAAUAAUUGCACAAACUGAAUUUAUUAAUACAGAAUUUCUUAAGAAGAUCAGCCACUGCAUUGAAGAUGAGUUUGUUAAUACAUAUAUGACUGAUAAACCACAAUCCAGUAAACAUUUAGUUCCAAAAUUUGGACUGAAUAAUGCAGAAGAAGAACCACAAAAUUGUAUGCUAAAUUUUGGAAAUAGAAGAAGUGGUCCAAUCGCACCGAUAUUGUUUCGACUUCUCAAGACAUGUAACGUGAGACUUAAUGUACAUGGAGAAUUGGAAGCUAUAGAUGUACUUUUAGGAUGUGGAAUAUUAAUGCCACAAAACUUUGAUAUACCGGAACCUGCGGUAUUAGAUCUUCUCAUAUGUUGUAUCAAUUGGCUUAGAGAAAUAAUCACUGGCUUUGUCACUCAAAAAGAUCCUUUGUUGCGAAAACAAGUAUUGGAACGUUUAGACAUUUUGAUGUAUUUGCAAAGUGAAUUGGAUACAUUGCUAACAUUAUGUGACACUAAAUAUCAACCGCCGCCAUGUUACUUUCAUUAUUUUCCAUUACCUCCAUUCGUGAAAAUUGAAAAAAAACAUAAUAAAAAAGGGAAGAAGUUUAAAAAGGAAAAUAAAUCUACCGCUUCUAUAUCUGUAGAGAACGAGUUCUGGGAAACAAGUUCUACAUUAUGUUUCAAAAAUCCAGCUUAUUUUAGAAAAUUUGAUGCAAAGAUUGCCAAUCUAUUGGAUGUUAAAAUAGACAUGCUAUCAUCGCAACAUACAAUACAAACUAUAUCAAUAAAACAAGUCUGUUUUCUCGUAAGAGAACUGUUAGCCAUUUUUGAGAACGAACCCUCCGAGUGUUUUGUGAAAGAAUUAAUAUAUUUAUUACCAAAAGUUUGUUCAAAACUGGACGAUAUUGUC